AACCAAGCAUAGACAGAAACGAUCAAAAUGGAUAAGCUUAGAGAAAAAAUUAACGCUGCUCGCGCCGAAACUGAUGAAGCCGUUGCACGCGCCGAAGCUGCAGAAGCCAAGCUGAAAGAACUAGAACAUCAAAUGUCUAUUAAAGAACAAGAAUAUGAUUCCCUUUCUAGAAAGCAUGAAACUUCCGAGUCUCGCUUAGAAGAAAUUGAAGAGGAGAUGAAAGAUUUACGCCUAAAAGCAGACGAUGAAACUGGCCAAAAGAGUGAAAUAGAGCAAGUUACUCGGAAGGUCGAGCUAUUAGAAGAAGAACUUGAGACAAAUGAUAAGCUCCUUCGCGAUACCACAGAGAAGAUGCGCCAAACAGACGUCAAGGCUGAACACUUUGAGAGACGCGUUCAGUCGUUGGAACAUGAGCGUGAUGACUUAGAACAAAAGCUCGAAGAUAUGACUGACAAAUACGCAAAGAUUAAGGCUGAAUUAGACGAGGUUCACCAAGCAUUAGAAGAUUUAUAGAUUCCAACGCGUAAUGCUCCGAAUUACAGCCUGCUUUUGUACGUACAAAUCUGUUUCCUUGUUCGAUUUGGUUGGCUGCUCAUUGGACUAAUUGUGCCAAUGAGCUUUUGGAUCUUACAUCGGCAUGUCCGUCGUUAAUGUAUGAACUAUUACCUUCUUUUUGAUGUACCUUUCAUUUACCAAUAAGUUUUUUAACGAAGCUUCGCAAUUUGUACUUGGUCAUUCUAUCUUGUUUUCAACGUUACGUUUUAUUAUCUUUCGAUUUUGAAAUACAAUCGACUCUUUAAGUCUAAAUUUUUUUUUUUACUUUUUAUUAUUUCUACCGUUCUUUAUGAUACUAUAUUGAAGAGAACUGCGAUUCAUGAAGUAUUCCAAAUUCUAUAUCCACUCUCUUUGCACGUUUACUGUGUCAAGUUCCACUCUUCAUGAAGUAUAUAAUCUGCAAGUUGUGAUUCCAAUCUUUCAGCAAUGGUAAAUGAAAUGUAUAUAUGCAGAAUAGUAGCGAUACACAUACUAGAAGUGUUAGCCAGUAUGACAAGAGCCAGAUCGAUUGUUUCCUAGGAAACCAUAGAUAACUUCAGAUUACUCUUUCUUUCAAGCGUUAUACGUAUUGGUAAUUAGAAACAAAACCAUUUAUCCACCUAGAGAACUAUAUUACGUAGGCUUGUUAAUUUCAUAAUUACAGCAAGG